AGAUAAUGCAUUUGUAUAACAUAACAUUGCACAGACCUUCAACUAUCAACCAAGCAGUUCAUGGCAACUUCUCUGGAUCGAAACAACAGGAACUUGCGGUUGGAAGGGGAAGAAUUCUGGAAAUAUUGAAACCUGAUCCUCAAACGGGGAAAGUUUAUACACUGUUAUCUGUCGAGGUAAUCGGAAUCAUUCGGGCUCUAAAAACUUUCCGGUUAACUGGUAGCACUAAGGACUAUCUAGUUAUUGGAUCUGAUUCAGGAAGAAUAGUCAUCUUGGAGUAUAAUGCUUCAAAAAAUGCACUGAUUCGAGUGCAUCAGGAAACGUUCGGUAAGAGCGGCUGUCGCAGAGUAAUUCCUGGACAGUUUUUGGCUAUCGAUCCGAAAGGCAGAGCAGUAAUGAUAGGCGCCGUUGAAAAGCAGAAACUAUGUUACAUUAUGAACAGAGAUGCUGAGGCAAGGCUUACAAUAUCAUCGCCACUUGAAGCGCAUAAGGCGAACACGUACACAUACUACAUUGUGGGAGUAGAUGUAGGUUUUGAAAACCCGUUGUUUGCGUGUCUCGAAAUGGAUUAUGAAGAAAUGGACGCAAGUGCCACUGCAGAAACUCCAUCACAGUUUUUAACUUACUACGAACUUGAUUUAGGGCUGAACCAUGUUGUACGCAAGUACAAUGAAGCCCUUGAUGACACGGCCAAUUUACUUAUUGCAGUGCCCGGAGGAAAUGACGGUCCAAGUGGCGUGCUUGUUUGCUCUGAAAACUACAUCACCUACAAGAAUUUGGGAGACCAGCCUGAUAUCAGAGUUCCCAUUCCGAGGAGAAGAAACGAUUUAGAUGACCCAGAACGAGGAUUGCUCAUUGUCUGUUCUGCCACACACAAGACAAGAUCUAUGUUCUUCUUCCUUGUACAAACUGAGCAGGGAGACGUAUUCAAAAUAACUCUAGAAGUUGACGAAGACAUGGUGACUGAAAUGAAAUUGAAGUACUUUGAUACCAUCCCAGUUGCCUCUGCGUUGGUUGUGUUGAAGACAGGAUUCCUCUUCGUAGCAUCUGAAUUUGGAAACCACUACUUGUACCAGAUCGCCCACCUGGGCGAGAAUGACGAUGAGAUGGAGUUCUCCAGUCAGAUGCCUUUGGAGGAGGGAGAGACAUUUUUCUUCGCGCCGAGGGGAUUGAAAAAUCUAGUGCAGGUAGAAGAGAUUGACUCACUCUCGCCUAUAGUGACCUGUCAAAUUGCUGAGUUAACCAAUGACGACACACCUCAGAUCUACGCCGCAUGUGGCAGAGGAACCCGAUCGUCAUUUCGGAUCCUCAAGCAUGGCUUAGAAGUAUCUGAAAUGGCAGUGUCUGAGCUGCCAGGAUCUCCGAACGCUGUCUGGACCGUGCGGAAGAGUGCAGAGGAGGAUUAUGAUUCGUAUAUCAUAGUUUCCUUCGUUAACGCAACUCUAGUUUUGUCAAUCGGUGAAACUGUAGAAGAGGUUACGGAUUCGGGGUUUCUGGGAACUACCCCGACGCUAUCCUGCUCGCUGAUUGGAGACGAUGCGCUGCUGCAAGUUUACCCCAGUGGGAUUAGACAUAUCAGGGCAGACAGGCGAGUGAACGAGUGGAAGACGCCAGGAAAGAGGAGCAUAAUUGCUUGUGCAGUGAACCAGAGACAGGUCUGUAUCGCACUAUACGGAGGAGAGCUGGUCUACUUCGAACUGGAUCCCUCUGGACAACUGAACGAGUACACUGAGAGAAAGGAUUUACAGACAGACGUCAUUUGCAUGUGUCUACCCACAUCACCGGAAGGAGAGAUCCGAAGUCGGUUCCUGGCAGUCGGUCUAGCGGAUCAGACCAUCCGCAUUAUCUCACUAGAUCCCUCUGAUUGCUUGCAACCUCUGUCAAUGCAAGCACUUCCUGCUGCUCCUGAAGCACUUUGUAUUGUUAAGAUGCCUGGAAGUGAUAACACAGAUCGCGCUCUCUUUCUGAAUGUUGGAUUGCAAAAUGGGGUCUUAUUGCGAACUGUGCUGGACCAAGUUACAGGAGAUCUGAGUGAUACGAGAAGCAGGUACCUAGGAAAUCAGCCAGUAAAGCUGUUCAAGGUCUCAAUUCAGAACAAAGAAGCGGUCCUCGCAAUGUCCAGCAGAACUUGGCUGGGAUACGUCUACCAGUCAAGAUAUCACCUGACCCCACUGUCGUACGAGGCGCUGGACCAUGCCUCUGGCUUCGCGUCCGAGCAGUGUCCAGAGGGAAUAGUGGCUAUCUCCUCUAACACAUUGCGCAUUUUAGCUCUGGAGAAGCUCGGCGCAGUCUUCAACCAGCAGGCAGCCCCGCUCAAAUACACCCCAAGAAAGUUCAUCAUUCACUCACCGUCUUCAAAUAUUUUCAUGAUCGAAGCGGAUCACAAUUGCUUCACAACGCAGUCAAAAAAGCAGAGAAAACAGCAGAUGGCAGAAGAAAUGAUCCAGUCCGCCGGAGAAUCAGAACGUGAGUUGGCAGCAGAAGUAGCAGCCUCGUUUCUCCAGGAAAACCUACCGGAAGACGUUUUCGGAUCACCAAAAGCGGGACCAGGAAUGUGGGCGUCCAUUUUGAGAAUUCUAAAGCCUACGGAUGGAAGCACUGUUAAGCACGUCGAGUUGGAGCAGAACGAAGCUGCGUUCUCAAUUGCUUUCGUCAGAUUCGCGAAUCGACCAGGAGAACAGUACCUGCUCUUAGGAACUGCAAAAGGAUUCCGAUUGAAUCCGCCCUCGAUCACAGUUGGGUACGUGUACACAUACAGAGUUCCUGAUUCAGGAGACAGUUUUGAGUUCAUCCACCGAACUGAAAUGGAGGAUGUCGCUCUAGCCGUGUCUGAAUUUAAAGGUCGCGUACUGAUCGGAGUCGGAAAAUGGCUCCGUCUUUAUGAUAUGGGACGGAAGAAAUUGUUGAAAAAGUGUGAGAACAAACAUCUGACUAACAAAAUCAUGACAAUUCACAGCAACGGAUAUCGCAUAUUUGUCACCGACGUCCAAGACAGUGUCACAUUUCUGAAGUACAAGCCAGUAGAGAACCAGAUGAUCAUUUUUGCCGAUGAUCCGUGUCAGAGAUUCUGCAUGGCAUCAUGUAUAGUUGAUUACGAUACCCUAGCUGUCACUGAUAAAUUCGGAACUUUGUCAGUUCUCCGACUCCCGGAAGAUGUCAAUGAUCAAGUUGAGGACGACCCGACAGGUGCUCGUGCUCUAUGGGAUCGUGGAUGGUGUAACGGAGCUGCCCAAAAGGCCGAGUUACUGUGCAAUUACAACAUAGGUGGCGACAUGGCUCUGACGCUCCAGAAAUGCACGUUGAUUCCGGGAGGCUCAGAAUGUAUCGUCUACACAACGAUUUCAGGAAGUAUCGGAGCAUUAUUACCGAUUAACAUGCAUGAGGACGCGGAGUUCUUCCAACACCUGGAAAUGCAUAUAAGACAGGAAUCUCCGUCGUAUGUCGGACGAGAUCACUUGGCCUACAGAUCUUACUAUUCGCCAGUAAAGAAUGUUAUUGAUGGAGACUUGUGCGAAACAUUCAAUUCACUUGAUGCAGCUAAGCAGAAAUCAAUUGCUGAGGAGCUGGAUCGAGUUCCGACCGAGAUCUCAAAGAAACUGGAAGAUAUUCGUACUAGAUUUGCGUUCUAGUUACUUGACUGGAACCUAGUAUUAUCUCUUAAACUUCUGAUGAUUAGGUACUAAUAAAUGUUUUGUUGCAGUUGUACUAUUUGUCUGAUUUUAGUUGCCUGUUUUGCUUUUUCGAAUAUACUUUGAAUGUUU